CGGUGGAGUUUUGACAAGGAAUGAUUUCCUGACUUUCUUCAAUCCUCCCAUUGUAUCGGGCGUUAAAUGCUGCCUUGUUAUGUCCAUAACUUUGACUUCAACUGAUUCCCUCUUGCGUCUCUUUGGAUGUUUGCAAUCUUUGCUCAGUCUCGAACUUUGCUGAACGUCAGUGUCACUGAGACAGUGUCACUAACCGCUGCUAAAAAUACCCCAGCCGCAGCCCCAGCCCCAGCCCCAGGGAGACACUGAGGGAGGAAAUGAAGGAAGGAAACUUCCUGGCCAGGAUUCGGGGGAAGUGAAGCUGACUCUGGAACCUGUGAACCAUGGCCCUGAAUGAAAUGGCCAGUGUGAGCAGCAGAGAGGCUUCGGGGGAGCAGAGCCUCGGAGAAGGCGCGGAGUCCCGGGGAGAGAGGCUGCUGGGGCAGGAGAGACCGGGGAACGGGGACAGUCUCCGCUUCUCCCGCACGGAGCUGUACGACCCCGGGGAUCCGGCCGCUGGGAGAAGCGGUUUGGCCGCCCCGGAGGAGCAGCCGGGACCCGCUCGCAGCUGGGGCCUGCCCCGAGAGGCCAGCCCGCCGGAGGCCCCCAGUUUCCCCCCCGCCGCGGUGUUCGACCCCUUUCUGCAAGUUGUGGAUUCAGAGAGCGCCUGCAGCCCGUGCAGUGAUCCAGCCCUGAGCCCCAGCCCAGAUCUCCCAGACAGGAUCCCCCUGGAUCGCUGGAAUCCCGGGCCAUUGACAAGGGAGUCGGAGGGUGAUCCGCAAAACAGGCAGCUUCCUGAGGGCACGGUUCCGGAUGUGUUUUGCCAAACCUGCGGGAUCCCAAUUCCUGCUUUUGAAAAGCUGUUUGGAUCCCACAGACACCACCGAGUGGCUCCUCUCUCAUUGGCUGUAGAAGCUGCGAAGAUGGACUGUCAGGACAACAUCAGAAAACUGGAGCAGCAACUGGUUCAGAUGGAGACAUUUGUCAGUCACAUGGAAGAAAUCUUUGUCACUGUCGAAGAGAAUAUUGGUAAACAGCAACAUUACUUGGAGUUGCAGUAUGAUGACUUGAUGCAGUUUCUAGUGCAACGCUAUGAAGACAGGUGCCAGGAGCUAGAAGAGGAGAAGAAACUGAAACUUGAGAAAUUAUACGGGGAGCUGGUGAGCUGUGGGCAGAACAUUGACCUGUACAAAGAACUGAUUGAGUCCACUGAGGAACUUUUCAAGACUGAAGACAAGCAAACCUUUCUGAAGGAUGGACAAACAGCACUGGCCAGACUGGAGGAAUUUCUUCAAGUGGACUUUAACCCGGAGUUACCUACAACAACUGAAUUUGAGAAAUUCCCAACAGAUAUGCCUGAGGUGCAGCGGUUAAUAGAUACAAUCAGCAGUCUCCCAGUUCCCUCGGCCCCUUCAAUGUGCCCUCAAGCCCCAGGUACAGGGAGCAGUGACUCAGUGAGAGUGAGCUGGAGUCUUUCAGCUGAUGACACGGUGGAGUUUUAUCAGCUUCAUUACCGAGAGGUGACCCGAGAGACGAGCCCCAGCCAGCAGGGGGCAGCAGACAUGUCCCUGAGGGUGAAGGAGAUGUAUCACACGGUGAGAAAUCUCAAGCCCAACACUGUGUAUGAAUUCUGGGUUACAGCCUCAAACUCGGCCGGGACAAGUCCUGAGAGUGACCGGGCGAAGCACACCACAGUUCCUCUAGCUCCGACAAUCAACAGCAAAGCAGUUGCAAGUUGUCCGAAUGCAGCUCUCAUUGAGUGGGAAUCUGAGGGCAGGAAUUCUGCAGAUUCCUACACCGUGGAAUUCUGCAAAGUCUGCAGCAGCUGUGACUGGACAGAAUCUCUCACAGAGUCACUAACCGGGAUCACUUCCUGCAAAACAAUAGUUGAUUUGGAGCCCAAUGAGAAUUAUCUGUUCUAUGUCCGAGCACUGAACCGAGGCGGCUGCAGUGACAGGAGUUCACCCGUUAGCAUUCGAACCACAGGGAAUCGGCUCUAUCUGAUGGAGCAGACAGCUCACCUGGCCCUCUCCCUGCUGGAGGAUGGAGUAACCAUUGUUUAUAAUGAGGAUAAUGUCUGUGUUGACUCCCCAAACUACGAUGAGCGGUUCACAAGUUGUGCUGCUGUCAUGGGGCAGUUAGUGCCUGUCCGAGGAAAACAUUACUGGGAGAUUGAAGUGACUGAACUGACAGAAUACAGGAUUGGUGUUGCCUCCCACAACAUCUCACGCGACAGCUACAUUGGCUCAAACAUCACAUCGUGGUGCAUGAGACACACUCUCUCACCAACCAGAAAUAAAUUUGAAUUCCUUCACAACGGGAUCACCCCAGACGUGAGGAUCACUGUAAUUCCAAAACAAAUUGGAAUUCUCCUGAACUACGACACGGGCAAACUGUCCUUCUUCAAUGUUACCAUCCGUCAACAUCUCUUCACGUUCUCACAUCCCUUUCAGCAGCUGGUCAAUCCUUGCUUCGCUUUGGAGGGACCUGGCAGUUUAAAAAUCUGUCAUGGGAUUCCUAGCCCCGAGUUUAUAAGAUUACCAUGAAGUUUUCCUUCAGUUUUAGCUGCAGCAAAUGUAGUGUGAAUUUAGGCUUUAGCUCAAAAGGAAAAUACCAAUGAAAUAUGCAAUGCUUCUCAUCAGCAGCUCCUAUAGAGAUGGUGGGGAAUAUGGAGCUGGAAAAGCACAGCAGGUCAGGCAGCCUCCGAGCAGCAAAAGAUGAUGAAGGGCUCCUGCCCAAAAU